AUGGAUCUCACCAAUGCAGCGAGCACACUUCUGGAGUCUCUUGAAUUUAAGAUAAUUCUUCGUAUUGUUACUGUUUGCUGCAACUAUGCGCUUGGCGAUUUCAGUGCCGAGACAGUUUGUGGAUACAGGGCAUCGGCUCUGAUCGACAUAUGUUCUUUGGAACUGCCAACGACACCGAAAACGACAAUGCUUAGUGUUGUUGCAGAGACGAUCUCGGAACAUUUUCCGGUUGUGGAGAAAUUUGGAGACGUAUUGUCUGCCGUCGAAAAAGCAGCGAAAGGUUAUUUUUAG